GAUGUACAUUGAUGUUCGCGAACACGACCAAUUAAAAGAAUACCCAUAAUGCAAAGCGGUUUAUCACAUUGGAAGCAAUCGCUCAGCCUGUACAGGAGUGUCAAAUUCAAGGUGAGUGGUGUUUUUCAGCAGAAUUUAACGCAUUUUAAUCGUUUUCAUUGUAUUAACGACAAAUCUUACAUGUUCGUCGUCUUCAUGCUAAUACAAGUCAUAGCUGGCUGGUAAGAGACAAACAUGAUAACGCGAGUGCUAAGCUAGCUAGCUAAAGUUAUCAUAGGGUCGACUAAUACUGUAACUUCCUCAAAUACUGUAAGUUAGCUAGUGUCAUGUCUUUUUUGCUUUAGAUGCCUGUAUGGAAGAUGUGCACAGGUUGGGUUUCCACUAGUUACCACAGCCACGUUACUUCCGUCAGCUAUCUAGCUAGGAACCGUUAACGUUAACUUGCUAGGAACUUCAGCUAGCUACUGUACAUGCACUGUUUAGCUUUCGUCAGUAAUAUACCUGUUCAGUUUGUUAGCUAGUUUGGUACUGUCAAAGUUAACUGUUGUCAUUUGUCCCUCUCUCUCCGUUUGAUAGUAUGGCGCUUCAUAAACUAUUCCGUCUGUCCUCGCUGUUCCGCUCCGCGGUGUCAUUGACACUGCGCAGGAAUGUCGGCCUGUCUGCUGUCCUCUUCAACCGGGCCAAGGACCUGGACCCUAUCCAGAAACUAUUCCUAGACAAGAUCCGCGACUACAGCACCAAGAGCAAGUGAGUGUAAUAAAUAACCGCACUAUUGUCCGACUGUCACCGCUGGCCUACUCUAAUGUACAUGUUUCUUCAUGUUGGAAGGCAAUAAGUUAACUAGGCUUAAGUGGAAUGACCCGUGAUGUCAUGACUGAGAUGGUGGCAGGGAGUCUGCACGUCAUUUUAGCACUGCAGAGCAAUUUACAGAAGGCUGGGCCAUACGUUCAGUAAGCAGACGUUGCAAAUAGAAAUGUCAGGAACGGAGCUGGCAGACUUGAUUAUACAGUACGUCGGCCAUAUAUGCCUAGAUGGCAAGAUCCAUGAAACGCAUAGGAUGCUGAAUAUGUUUUUAUAGGGUAUACAUGUCUGAGACAUUAUAGGGUAUAAUAAUUAUAGGGCUGAUUAGUUAUGUGGUUUCUUGAACUCAUCCACUACAACAACAGUAGGGCUGUCUCCGACAAAAAAAAAUUUUGGUGACCAAGAUUCGUCUGUUCUUUCGACCAAUUGAUUGGUUGAAAUUUUAAAACGUGUAUUUUGUCCAUAUAUAUAGACAUCCUAUGUGUUUUAAUCAAAUCAACUAUAUUCACUGAGCUUGUCUGAUGCUUUAAGCACACUGUUUGAUUAAAUAAUUAAGAUACAAAAAUGACUAGAGGGAGUCCGACCAGCAGUUGAUUUAAUUGUGCAGGGCUAAGACUUGCUGCGCUUUGUUUAAAAAAAAAAAAAAAGAUAGCGAGUGACUUUGACUAGCACCUGUUCUCUCUCUCCUCCGUGCUGCAGUGACCACCACAGAACAUCAAAGUGUUUAUCGUGCUGUCCAUGUUGCUGAAGCUGCAACAUAAUUACAGCCAUUUCUGACUGAAAAGUUCUGUUACUGAAAUUCCUCAUUUGUUUAGGAAAAACAUUCCCUAUUCCCUCAACCCUUGCUCUCUUUACGUGACACAUGUAUGCAUCGCAUGCACGUGACCAAUAGGGCCUGACCUGUAGCAUAUCAUAAUCACAUCAAUAAAUUGGUUAUAACAAACUCUGAACGCCAUAACAGCAAAAUGGAUGCAGAGGACGUGACAAAUAAACUCAAAAAUGGGGUAAUGUUUACUGGUUGCUCAUGAGGUAAAGGGGAAGUCAGAUGUGUGGAAUAAAUUUGACUAGUUGUGGAAAAUACUGGAGAUCAAGAAAAUAAGGUAAGGAGCAAGCGCUGCGUGCAUAUUGUGUGCGCCAAACAGGUGCUGUAUAGAUUACAAUAUAAUUUUUCGGAACAUUUGGAACAACGUAAAAUACAUUAUAAGCGUACCAGAGAAUUUGUUCUGAUGUUUUUUUUGUUAAGCCUUUAUUACAGCAAAGACUAAAAACAGUCGCAUUCAUUCAUGAAUGCAAUUUCCGAAAUGGAACGGUUUAUUUAUUGUGUACGCUAAUUAUUCAAGGCUCGCUUGAUUGCAUUUAAAAUCAUGAAUGACUCAUAUGCUGUGUGAUGACAUGAAUGAAUGAAUGAUUGAUACAGUAGCCUACAUAAGUAUUGAAAUAUAGGCCUAAGUAAGUUAUGGUAUUAAGACUAUAUAAAGCCAGGCACAUUUAAUAGUUAGGCUACUGAUUUAUAGACCUAAUUAAGUUGGUUUCCUCUCACCUCACCUUUCUUAGACAAUAAGGCAAGGGCUGAUUUCUCAUCUCCUCAUUCUGAUGCUGCCUCCGCUGCAUUGUUCUCAACACCAAUAUGCUGGUUAACUUUGCUAUUAUGCACAUAGCAACAUGGUCUAGGAAAAGGUGCCAAUUCAACAGCGCACUGAUGUGUUUCAGAACCGCAGACAGUGACCACUGUCCAACGUGGGAGAAGGCGCAUUUGUUAUAAAAUAAAUGUAUUUUAUUAGUUUUGCAUCAUUGUUAUGUUAUCAUUAUGUAAUAUAACCAUAUACAAUUUCAGUAGCACGUCUUGGAGUGAUGGACAGUGCCAUUCCCACGGCCUCCACAAUGGAUUAGUCCACUCAUAGGCGCAAAUCAGACAGGUCUCUUGUACACCACGACUAAAGAAAUAAAGGGUCAACCAACAGCCUAUCGACAAAAUGGGGUCAGCCCUACCACAGAGUAGUGUAUUCUAUGCUACAGUGUUGUUUUUUACCUCUACGGGAUCGGUGUCCCGUAUACGGGACAGUUGAGCUAACGUGCGCCAAUGUGAUUAGCAUGACUUUUGUAAGUAACAGCAAACUUUCCAGGACAUAGACAUGUCUUAUAUGGGCAGAAAGCUUAAAUUCUUGUUAAUAUAACUGCACUGCACCAAUUUGCAGUAGCUAUUACAGUGAAAAAAUACCAUGCUCUUGUUUGAGGAGAGUACACAACAACAAAAAACGUAUCACGGCAACUGGUUUGAUACAUUCACCUCUGAAGGUAAAUAAUAUACUUACAUUCAGUAAUCUUGCUCUGAUUUGUCAUCCUAAGGGUCCCAGAGAUAAAAGCUAGCAUAGUUUUGUUUGAUAAAAUCAAUUUUUAUAUUCAAAUGUAGGAACUGGGUUCUACAGUUUGAACCCCUGCUGUCUCUGGCUCCACACCCACCCUGCUAGAUGUGUGAAAGUUAGUGUAUAAGCUAAUGAUCCAUCAUGUAUGACAUUCCUGGGAGUGUGUAAACUUACAUUUUGUAUUAAUGUAUCAUUUUAAUAUGUUCUCUAUAGUUAUGUACUUGAAAAUGUAUCAAUUGACCAAUUCGGCACAUUUGGGCAGACUUGAUACAAAAUAGUCCAGUAUUGCAAUUCUUCAUUGGAUCAAUCUGAAACUUUGCACACACUGCUGCGCCUAAACUGCAAUAUUAUAUUGUGGGCUUUCUCUUGCAUUUCAAAGAUGAUGGAACAAAUAAAUAGAAAACGCAUGUUUUUUUGUUUGUAUUAUCUUUUACCAGAUCUAAUGUGUUAUUCUCCUACAUUAAUUUCACAUUUCCACAAACCUCAGUGUUUCCUUUCAAAUGGUAUCAAGAAUAUGCAUAUCCUUGCUUCAGGUCCUGAGCUACAGGCAGUUAGAUUUGGGUAUGUCAUUGUAGGCGAAAAUUGAAAAAAAGUGUCUGAUCCUUAAGAGGUUAAAGGUUAAUUCCCCAUCUCUCUCCCUUUUCUCCAGGGCUGCAGCAGGUGGGAUCGUUGAUGCAGGCCCCUCCUAUGAAAAGGGUGUCUCAGAGGAGAUCACCAAACUGCAGAGGUUAUAUGGGACCGGUGACCUCACCAAAUUCCCUGACUUCAAAUUUACAGGUUCGUUAAGGCGAUGCACUGCAGUAUAGAGCUGGGAUGAUAAACUGAAAAUGAUCAGACAUUUUACUAAUAUCAUUAAUAAUGAUAAGUAGCCUACAGUAGAGAAAUGUGAUGUAUGAAAUAAUAUGGGUGAUUGCUAAUGGGACAAUUGAUAGCUACGACGUUUAAAGGGUAAUAUAAAAAAGUAACUGGGGUGUAAAUUCAUUUUAAUAAACGUAUCGUUUGAUUUCUCUUUAUUGUGAUAUGGGUUUUGUCCAUGUCGCCCAGCUCUACUGCAGUAGUAGCAUUUAUUGGUAGCUCAGUCAGACUAAAUUGUAAUACCACCAUCUCACCCUACAUAACUUACACUCAUUCUAUGCUUAAAGCAGGGGUGUCAAAGUCAUUCCAUAGUGGGCCUAGUGUCUGCGUGUUUUAGUUUUUUCCUUUCAAUUAAGACCUAGACAACCAGUGAGGUGAGUUCUUUACUAAUUAGUGACCUUAAUUCAUCAAGUACAAGGGAGGAGCGAAAACCCACAGACUCGGCCCUCCGUGGAAUGAGUUUGACACAGGUGGUUUAAAGGAUUCAUUCACCAUCAACCAGGGUUGUAUUCAUUAGGCACCAAACGAUAAAUAUAUAUACAAAAACAUGAAAGGAACUACUGGAACUUGUCCAAUAAACGCUUGUUUUUGUUUUCCUUUGCAAAGUGUUUUACUACGGUAUGCAGUAAUGAAUACGACCCAGCAUUACUCACAAUCUCCCUUCUCUCUUCUCCAGAGCCCCAGCUGCAGGAAGUGGCCAAGUGAACACUGGCCAUGAUGACGUUGUCUCUGUCCUACAUGUCACCAUUAUAAUGUACUAUUUAAUAAAGGAUGUUGGAUUAAAUGUGAACAUUUUUGCUUUCUUAUGCUAAUCAGUCAAGGGGUUAUAGUGAGAGUGGUUUUGCAAACCAUGUUCUACCUUACAUGCUUGCAUUUCUACUUUAUAAAAUGUUUUGAUCAUUUACUGAUUUUGAAUGAUGAGUCUCGCUCGCCUGACUCAUGGCGCUCCACCCUGCUCCAGCGGCUGUGGGAAGAGACUACAUGGUGAGAAAUGA